GCCGAGCACGUUGCACCGCGCCGUGCCAGCGCCGGUGAUCCUGGACCGCAGGAUGUGACGUCACCUUCCGAGCGGAGCAUGCCGGCCACCCCGUCCCGGUAAAUGCCGCCUCGUUAAACGAGGAUGUUUGCUGGGGAUUAUUACGAGCCGCUGAGAGGACGAGGAGGAGGAGGGGGGAGGACCAACAGCGAGUGAAUGCGGCCGACCGGAGUGAGCAGGAAGCGGGGCAGACACGCUGAGCGCACCGCCCGACCUCCGCCGACAUGGAUCUGACUCUCGCGCUGUCAGCUGUUAUCUUCACGCUUCUGGCUCUCGUCGUCGCGACGUCGCUGUUCAGCGGCUCUUCGCCCGCGGCCGAGUUCGCGAGUUAUUUCGGAGGCGCGGGAGACGGCGGUGCGACGGGGGGAUUAGAUCAACCGGGGCCGACGCGUAACGGGAAUCUGCCGGACGCCAAGAAGAAGAAGGAGGAGGAGAAGAAGGUGCAGCAGCAGCAGAAGGCGCAGGACGACUGGUGCGAGAUCAGCGGCAGCUCCCACGACCACUGGGAUGUGGUGAAAUCGGUGCUUUCAGAGGAGGCACAUCUCCGCCCUCACACUGGAGAGCUACCAACACCAGUUGAGUGCUCCUCCACAUCCAAUCCCUGCGUCCCCAGGCUCGGAUGUAGCCACAAAAGCUUAGAGGCCGACUCGUGGUCCGAUGCCUCGUCGGGGACGGGCCGUAGAUCCUUCAUCGGGCUCUCUGAUAAGGAGCUCCUAAAGUGUGCUUUCUCAUACCCUCAGAGUGAAGGAGCCACAGAGAGCCCGGAGAUCAACGAUGCAAACGAGUCUUUGAGGUACGCCCCUGGAAAGGCGCGAUCCCACCACCUGCAAAGGAUGAUGUCCAAAGAUGAGCUGGAGGAGGAGCGCAGGGUGCAACGUGAGCAGCUGGCCGCCAUCUUCCAGCUACUGAAAGAGAACCAGGAGACGUUUGGGGAGGUGACGGAUGGAGACAUGGAGGAGCAGCUCAGACUCUACUCCAUCUGACACUCAUCUUUGUGUUUUGAGAUUUACCUUCUGAGGAGGCUUCUUUACUCGAGGACUACCCAGGCACACAAAACGUUUGAAUGAACUCACAGUAAUCAGUCCACCCACCAGCUGUUCAAAUAUGUGUGUCAAUAGGAUUGUUUGAAUUGUAUAAGGUUUUAUUUUAUAUGUUUGCCGUUUCAAUCCAUCAUCAUCUAGUUUCAUAUGCCAAUGAAGACAGAUUUUUUUACCCACCAUAUGCAAAUAAAAGAUUUGUUUGUGUUAGUUUAUAAUAAUAACGUUACCUUAAAAAUCUUACUUAAAUAUUACAUAUUUUGAUUAAAUAUUAAAUAACUUAA